UAUAAACAAUAAUUUAUUAAAAAAAAAUAUACUUGAGAUGAAAUUUGUUGUUCCAGUCUCACUCUGCUUAGUUGUAGUUACUAUUAAUGCGUUUAACUGUCCUUGUCAUGACAAUCGAGGAAAUUGCCCAGAACCGAAGUGCAAACGCGGAGUCGGUGUGGUUAUGGAUCCAUGCGGAUGUUGCAAAGUUUGUUCUCAACAAAAAUGGCAAGAAUGUGGCGGACCGUGGAAUGCUCUUGGAAAGUGCGACCCCACGAAAAAACUGGAUUGUGUAGCGAAACCAUUAUGUGGACCACCAAUGAGAACACCCUUCCCGGGAAAACCACCAGGGAUUUGCAUUCCGCCUAGACAUCUUAGAAUAUUGAAAAAAUACUGCGGACCACAGCGGGAUCUUCUUUGCGGCACCAAUCCGUUUGCCCACAAUGAAGAAUGACCGACAACAGCACACAUUAUUUAAUUGAUAUUUUGUGUAUUUAUUUGUAAAUAAUAUAUAUAAUAUUUUUCUUACAAUAUUUAUCUUAACACGAGAACGAAAUCAGUGGAGUUUGCUCUGCAGACAGAUUUAGGGUAAUCGAGAAUAUCCUUGCGGGUAUAAUAAUUUAAAUAGAUUGCAAUUGUUCAGAAACAUUACCUCCUCAUUUUGCUCUCCCAAUAUAUUGUUUUCGCAGAAGUCCAAUAAACAUUUCACUUAUUUUAAUGUGAACUAAUAACCCUCUUUGUAAUUUUUGACUUGUUGAUAACACGUGUAGUGUGACAUUUGGUGAAGUGCAUAAAGCAUAUGUAUAUAGGAGUAUUAGAAUGCAAUUUUCCAUUUUUUUUUUUUUGUAUUUCUGA